AUGAAGUAUCUCGUGCUUGGCAUUCUGAUGACCAUGAUCGUCUUCUCUCACGAAGAAAUGAUCAGCAUCGAUAUCUCGAACGUCACUGGAACUCUCGAUCUUCUGCUCAACGCCACCGAUGGCACCAUCCGCAUUAUCGUCCACGAGAAUCCGAUGGAUGUGGCUCCGAUACUAUCUGACAACGUCAUUUCGUAAGUUUCAUACGGCUAAUCGACACACAUGUAGAUCACUGUCUUUUUCAGAUUCCUCGUGCUGAUCACCACCGCGACGAUCACGAUCGUCUUGACCCUCGGCACCGUCCUUUUCGUCAAGUGGAUCUUGCUCAACCGAAAGAAGUUCUUUGUGGAGGAGCCGCCGAAAAGAAAGAUCGGAAUGAUCUCGUCGGUGGGCUUCCGCAUGGGCAUGGACGAGUACUUCAUGCUGAGAUCCUCUGGAAACGGCGACGGCGACAAGCACGGAAACGACCCCGACAUGUCCGAUUCCGAACACAUGGAUAACGACAACGAUUUCGAUUCCGACGACGAUCUGGGAAUUUCGCACCUUUAA